GCACUGGAGGAAACGGUACCGGCUAAAGGCCCGGCUCGCGCGAGUCUGGGACUGCUGAGGGGCGGGGCAGGAGGCGGGGCUCUGCGCCGGCCGCGGGCCGGGGGCGGAGCCGGGGGCUUAGAGAGGUGGGCUUUGGACCGCAGUGGGGAGCCGCUUCCUUGUCUCCGGGACUCCUCGGCUUCCGCCUUAGAGCAUAAACCCGCCAGGCCGGCUCCUGGGUCGUCAUGGAGUCCACGCUGGGCGCGGGCAUCGCGAUGGCCGAGGCACUGCAAAACCAACUGCCUUGGUUGGAGAACGUGUGGCUCUGGGUCACCUUUCUGGGCGAUCCCAAGAGCCUCUUUCUGUUCUACUUCCCCGCGGCCUACUACGCUUCCCGCCGCGUGGGCAUCGCAGUGCUCUGGAUCAGCCUCAUCACCGAGUGGCUCAACCUCGUCUUCAAGUGGUUUCUGUUUGGAGACAGGCCCUUUUGGUGGGUCCAUGAGUCUGGGUACUACAGCCAGGCCCCAGCCCAGGUUCACCAGUUCCCCUCUUCUUGUGAAACUGGUCCAGGCAGCCCUUCUGGACACUGCAUGAUCACAGGAGCCGCCCUCUGGCCCAUCAUGACGGCCAUCUCUUCCCAGCUGGCCACGCGGACCCACAGCCACUGGGUAAGGAUGAUACCCAGCCUGGCUUACUGCACCUUCCUAUUGGCGGUCGGCCUGUCCCGGAUCUUCCUCUUAGCACAUUUCCCUCACCAGGUGUUGGGUGGCCUAAUAACUGGUGCUGUCCUGGGCUGGCUCGUGACCCCCCGCGUGCCCACGGAGCGGGAGCUAAGCUUCUACGGAUUGACCUCCCUGGCCCUCUUGCUGGGUGCUAGCCUCAUCUAUUGGACCCUCUUUACACUGGGCCUGGAUCUUUCUUGGUCCAUCAACCUGGCCUCCAAGUGGUGUGAGCGGCCUGAGUGGGUGCACGUGGAUAGCCGGCCCUUUGCCUCCCUGAGCCGUGACUCGGGGGCCGCCCUGGGUCUGGGCAUCGCCCUGCACUCUCCCUGCUAUGCCCAGGUACGGCGGGCAUACUUGGGACAUGGCCAGAAGAUAGCCUGCCUUGUGCUGGCCAUGGGGCUGCUGGGCCCCCUGGACUGGCUGGGCCACCCCCCUCAGAUCAGCCUUUUCUACAUCUUCAAUUUCCUCAAGUACACCCUGUGGCCAUGCCUGGUCCUGGCCCUCGUGCCCUGGGUGGUGUACACGUUUAGUGCCCACGAAACACCACCUGUCCGCUCUUCCUGACUUCAGGUGCCUCCUGUUCCCAUUUGCAUCCCCCACCCCAAAAAGCUAACACUCCGUGACCUCCACACUCCGGAAGGCAGCCCCAUUCCCUUUCCAGCUCCCAGCAGGCCCUGCUCAUCCUCAGUCUCCCACUGCUCUGUCAUCUGGUCUUAGCCCCAGAGAAGGGCCUUCUCUCCUCCCAGAAAGGCUGGUCGUCCUGCCUUCCCCCUCUGAGCUCCCAGAGAGCUAAGGCAACAUCAAGACCAAUGGGCUCCUGUAACACUGUGAGGGGCUCAGAACAGCCCCAAUAAAGCCCUUGAACACUUC